CCCCUCCCCCACUCGCGGUCAGCUUGCGGCAGCCCCGCCCGGUCGCCCCGCUCCCUCCCGGGCCAGCGGCCUCGCUCUCCGUUCGGCGAGCUGGCGGGCCCCGGCGCCCCGGCGGCCGCGCCGGCCGAGGAGAUGGUGCAGAUCCGCCUGGAGGAUCGCUGCUUCCCGGUGAGCAAGCGCAAACUCAUCGAGCAGAGCGACUACUUCCGCGCGCUGUACCGCUCGGGCAUGCGCGAGGCCCUGCGCGCCCAGGCCGGCGGCCCAGAUGAGCAGCAGCUGCGCGGCCUGAGCGCCCCGGGCCUGCGCCUGGUGCUCGACUUCAUCAACGCGGGCGGCGCGCCGGGAGGCCAGCUGCUGGGCGAUGCGGGCGAAGGCGACGACCCCGACGAGGCAGGCCUGCUGGGCGGGCUGGUGGAGGCCGCGUCGUUCCUGCAGGUGACGCCGCUGCUGCGCCUGCUGCGCUCGCAGCUCGGCCCGGCCGACGGCGGCCUCCCGCAGCGCCUCCGCCAGGCGCGCCUGGCCGGCACCCCGGUGCUCGUGGCACUCGGCGACUUCCUGGGGGGCCCGCUGGCGCCGCACCCCUACCAGGGCGAGCCGCCGUCCAUGCUGCGCUACGAGGAGCGUACGGAGCGCUGGUUCCCGCUGGCCAGCAGCCUGCCUCCUGACCUGGUCAACGUGCGGGGCUAUGGCGCCGCCAUCCUGGACAACUACCUGUUCAUCGUAGGCGGCUACCGUGUCACCAGCCAGGAGAUCGCAGCUGCGCACUCCUACAACCCCAGCACCAAUGAAUGGCUGCAGGUGGCCUCCAUGAACCAGAAGAGGUCCAACUUCAAGCUUGUGGCCGUGAACUCUAAGCUGUAUGCCAUCGGGGGCCAGGCCGUGUCGAAUGUGGAGUGUUACAACCCUGAGCAGGAUGCCUGGAACUUCGUGGCGCCCCUGCCCAACCCCUUGGCUGAGUUCUCUGCCUGUGAGUGUCAGGGCAAGAUCUACGUCAUCGGGGGCUACACCACCCGAGACCGCAACAUGCAUGUGUUGCAGUACUGCCCGGUGGCUGAUGCCUGGAGCCUGUUUGAGACAUGCAGUGUGCACAUUCGCAAGCAGCAGAUGGUGUCAGUGGAGGAGACCAUCUACAUUGUGGGUGGUUGCCUGCACGAGCUGGGCGCCCCGCGCCGUAGCCAGAGCGAGGACAUGCUGACCGUGCAGUCCUACAACACCAUCACCCGCCAGUGGCUCUACCUCAAGGAGAAUACAUCCAAGUCGGGCCUGAACCUGACAUGUGCCUUGCACAAUGAUGGCAUCUAUAUCAUGAGCCGUGAUGUCACACUGGCCACCAGCCUGGAGCACCGCGUCUUCCUCAAGUACAACAUCUUUGCUGACAGCUGGGAGGCCUUCCGUCGCUUCCCUGCCUUCGGCCACAACCUGCUGGUGUCCUCACUCUACCUGCCCAAUGCCACGCCAGACACGUGAGCGGCAGGCAGCUGUGGGCAGCCAGGCAGGCCUGGGGGAGGGGGGGUGCAGAGACCCACACUCUUAUUUUUGUAAUGACUUGAUUGGUUUUUACGUCCUGGAAGUGGGCACACCUGCCAUCAUGUUUGUGUCCAUAUGGAAUGAUGCCCUCAUUGAGCUGGAGGACUGAAACUGACCAUGGACUCGGGGACCCUCCAUCCCCCUGUCCUGUCCUGUCUCUUAGCAAAGGGGCCAUGGUUGGUGUGGGCCAGUGCUAGAGCUAAGCUCACAGCUGCUUUGCUUUGUUUAGGUCACUUGGCAUCUGGUCCCUAACAUGUGGGGCAGAACUUUCAGUUACUAGUUUACUUGGCAAGUGUUUACGUUGACACACACACACACACACACACACACACACACACACACCUACCUACAUGUCAUCCACACACUCAAGUAUAGUGCAUUUGAGUGACGAGUCUCUUUAGAUCUUUUCUUCACACAUUCCUUUCCAGGAAACACAUGGUGACAGCAGUCCUGGGGCCAGGCAGUGGUACAUCUGGUACAACUGUACACAUGUCACCAUGAACAAGGACCUGGAUUCAAGCCCCCGGUUCCCACCUACAGGGGGGAUUCUCCAUGAGUGGUGAAACAGGUCUGCAGGUGUCUCUCUUCUUCUCUAUAUCCCCCUGCCUCUCAGUUUCUCUCUGUCUCUGACAGAAAAAGAAAGUCCCUUGGACUUGCAAACACAUUCCCAGUGUUUCCUCAGCCUUGCUUGUCCACUAAGUGACUAGUGGGCAGAGCCUCUCAUGUCACUUGGAUGACAGAUGACUGACCGUUUGGUCAGAUGAAUGGCAUCACUGGGCACUCUGUAUUGUUUCAAAAGAGAGGCCACAGUGUUUUCAAGGGUGUAUAUUUACACCUAAGUCUCAAGUGAGAAUGUCAAAUGAGAACAAAUAACCACCUUUUACUGAGCUGCUUUUGCUGAAUUUACUUGACUCAGUCCUUCAUGGAGGAUGGCAGACACUGUGCUGUUCCUUGUAAGCCAGGCCACAUUCCCAGCUCACCUUGGCCUUUGGUGCGUGCUUGCUUCUAUGAUUAGGCAAGGAGGCUGAGGAGGUGCUUGUGACAGGGGGACUCUCACACAAGUGGCUGGGGGCCAGGUGGGGCAUCACCUCAGACUCUCUGCUUAUAGCUGUGGGAUCUGAAUCCAGCUCAGCAGGCUAGUUUGCUGUCCAUCGUUGGUGAAGAAAAGCUUUUGCAACCUUAGCUCAGCAUUUCUGCCCAAACAGAGGCCCAUGCUCCAAGAGAUACAAGCUAUGGAACGGCCUCUGAGGCCUAUAGCUGAGCUGGUACAGCUAGGUGCUAUGUGCUAGGUUCCAGUUCUGCUCUGACAGUCCAGUGAUAGAGGGGCUGGUUUUAGAAGCCAGACCCCAAGGCAGCACAUUUGUGAACCCAGAAAGCUCUUAGCUGGGCACCCAGGCCACACCCCCCAACCCCCUGUGCACAGAGCUCUCUGCCUAUCAGAGAACUCAUACUGGGUCUCCCUCCUCCUUCUCCUGGGCUUGGCUUUCAGGGCUGGCUGUGGGCAUUGUAUCACUUGGCUCUGGGUGACACAUCCAUUAAGGCAAGUGGAAGUCAACUCUGUGGCGAACACUGAGACAGGUCCUUCUCUGGUUAUGCCUCUCUGUGAAGGUUUUUGUGUCAUAAACAUGGAUCACAAGUACUCAGCCCUCUCCCCUUAUCAAACUCUGGCCUGCAGUUUUCCCUGAAGCGGCACUUUCAAUAUGAGGUUUAUAUUAAUUUAUACACAGUGUAGAAAUUCACUUCCAGUGACCUCUAGCUUUAUUUCAUAUAUUUAAACAGUCUAUUUUAGAGCCUGUUAACAUUUAUGAUUUCUGAAGUUUUUUUCCCCUAAGGCCUGGCUUUACAUCUUCAGAGAACUCUAGCCUGUUUAGUUGGUUGAGGACAUGCAGUUGGGGGUGUACCUCACCAUGCCAUGUGAUACACAGCACUCUUCCUGAAGUCUGUUCUCUAACCAGUUACCCUCUCUGGGUUCAUUUUUUAAUACCAACAGUUGGGUUCUGGGACAAAAUGAAGGCCUGCUCUGAUCCACAAAGCUGUGUGUGUGUCUCUAAGACACAGGCUGCGAAGGGGUUUGUGUUGCUGUGGGCACAGGCUGUGUUGGUGGCCCUCAGAGCAUAGGGCUGGGGCAGGUACUAGGGCAGCACCUUCUUCCUGUUCUCUCUGACACUUGCCAGAGGCGCUGAACAUGGAGGCUGCCCUUAAUUCACCUCCAUCCCCUGCUGGUGUCAGGGCUUCUCUGCCCACCCCACUCCACGUUGGGGGCAGUGUGUGGCCUCAACCCCCCCCCCCAUCUGCCUUCCUUCUUUUCACCUGAGAUGCUUUGAUGGGACUCCCUAGAGGCCCCCACAGAAGGAGGGAGUCCAGAGGGAGCUCUGGAUGAGACAGUGUAGAGAAGGUGAUCCUGUCAUUUUUCCUGGCUUCCCCUUUUAAUUCAAGUGGCCUCUAUGCUCAGCACCCUUGGUAGGUCUUUCUGAUGAAUCUGUACACUACAGGCUAGUGAUGCCAUGGGGUUGCAGCAGUGGGGUCCCCAGAUAUCUGUGGGUGCUAGGAAGAAGCAUGUGGGUGAAGAUGACAUGAGAGUAUCAAAGAGAACCCACUCUGCCACUUUUGGACCCAGGCCCUGAGUGACCCUGGAUGCCCUAGACAGCAGUGGAAGCCAGUCGGGGAGCAUCCAAGGUCUCCCCAUGGCGAGGACCCCUUAGUGAACACCUGCUUGCACAUACUUUCUUGGCCCCACAUACACCACUGCACAGAAGCCAACACCUCACCCUAAUAUUUUAAAACUUUAGGAUUCAUUUAGGACUCUGUCAACUUGUUGUUUGCACCAGAGCCUGACUUCAUAGGACCCUCCCCAUCCAGAAAGCUCAGGCUGGUUGAGUCAGUUCAAGACAGACAGUUGGAGGUGGCUUGUUUUUAUUUUUCAUUUUAUUUAUUUAUUAUUGGAUAGAGACAGAAAUUAUGAGGGAAGGGGGAGGUAGAGAGGGAGAGAAACAGAGAUACUUGCAGCCUUGCUUCACCACUCAUGAAGUUUUUCCCAUGCAGGUGGGGACCAGGGACUUGAACCUUGGUCUUUGUGCACUAUAAUUUUUGUGCCUAACCAGGUGUGCCAUCACCUGGCCCUGGAGGUGGGCUUGUGAGUGACCAUGUGGCAGAAUGUGCAGUGUUGUUUUUUUGUUUUUGCUAUCAGGGUGAUUAUUGCUGGGGCUUAGUGCCAACACUACAAAGCCACCAUUUCCAGUGGCUUUUUUUUUCUUUCCCUUUUUUUUUUUUUCUGUUUUAUUGGAUAGGACAGAGAGAAAUUGAGAGAAGAUGAGGAAAUAGCAAAUAAAGACACCUGCAGACUUGCUUCACUGUGUGUGAAGUGUCCAUCCUGCAGGUGGGGAGUGGGGGCUCCAACCUGGGUCCUUGUGCAUGGUAAUGUGUGUGCUUAACCAAGUGUGCCACCUCCCUCCUCACAUAAUGUGUUUUAAGCAAAAGUUCCUGUAUGGUCAACACUUGCCUGGGGCCCUGGGGAAGUGGCCUGUGAACCUGAGGGCCCCUGCUCCCUCUCUAGAACUGCUGUCAGGGAGUUGUCUGCCUUCUCUCUCUCUGUGAUUCCUCUUUGUUGAAAGAAGUAUCCUGUCACUGACACCACACCUAGGAGAUACUCUCUUUCCUGGGCUCCCUGACUUGGCCUGUCCCCUACUUCUGGCCCCACCAUUUAUGGUCAAAGCCAGUUCCUCUAUAGGUCCAUAGGUUGGGGGCCUCACUGGCCAUGGCUUUGGUCUCUGUCACUAGCUCUUGCUCCAGCCAGUUCUCCCAGUCUUCUCCAGCUUCAUUUUGAUGGCUUCUGCUUGCUGCUUUCUGGGGAGGCACUUGACCAGGCCUGGCCCAUGUAGAAAGUGAGGUUGUGGAGGCUGGGCCUCAGUGACCAAAGCAGCAGAGCCAGGUGCCUGGGGGCUGGAGAGGGGUCUGGCUAUUCGCUGAACCAUGCCUCCACCUCAAGUCACUUUCCCUAAAAGCGGCCAUGCCAAGUGUUCCUGCCAAGGGGGUUUGGACAUAGUCUUUGUAUCAGCGUCCAGCUGGCAUCCACACAAGAAUCUGUUGUGUUUCCUGGAAUUUAGGGGUACCAGAGAAUGCGUCCCCGGGGCACAUGCCGAUUCUCACUCAGUACCACCAUGGGUCCCCUUCCUACAGGAGAGUCAGCGGGCACAGGGCAGAUGUGGCAGCUGGGGUGCUCUCAUGCACUGUCACAGCUGGCUUCUGAGGAGGAAAGGGAAUGUCAUUCACAUCCUUGUGUCAUUUUUUUCUACAAAAAAAAAAAAAAGGAAGGGGAUUUUUAGCCACCUCUCCACCAUUUUCAUACUAACUGUUACUUCAGGGUAAAAUAACCUAUAGAAUGAAUAGUUAUGUUUGACGAGGCCAAUACUCUCUUUGUUGAAAAGGUUGUAUUUCAGUCUGAAAUUUCAAGUGUGGCUUAAACCUGUAACUGUGGUCCUGUGACUCUUUCAAAUACAGCGCUGUGUGUGACGCA